AUGAAAUUAUUUACACACAACCUCCUCAUCUGUCCAAAGAAAAAAUGUGGUAUCAACAGCUUCCCCCUGAAAAUUGUCUCUCAAAAGGUCGAAAAGGUGACAACGCCGGUGAACGAGGAUUUUUUAAUAUCUUUGAUUGAGAGUGAGCGACUCAAUUGGGCUGGUCUAGUUUCUGCUGGUCAAAACAUUGGACUAGUCAUUCCACCCACAAUACCUGCAGACUACAAAUCCAAUAAAGCUUUUUUGCAAGCUCUUUGGGAUGUCUUAAUGGACUGCCAGGUUAUUGAUGGAGAACUCAUUUGUCCUCUUUGCCAGCGCCACUUCCCUAUUAAAAACGGCAUUCCAAAUAUGCUUCUGAACGAACAAGAGUUCUGA